GUUUAGCGUUUGCAUUUCGUUUUGAUUAUAUUGUUGUAGUUGUUAUAAUAAAAUUCAAUCAAAAUGACGAUCGGCAAGAACAAUAAAAUGAUCCAGCACAUAAACUUCAGGGUCCGAAUAACCCUGCAGGACUCCCGAACAUUCAUAGGGACUUUCAAAGCAUUCGACAAGCACAUGAACAUGAUCCUAGGUGACUGCGAGGAAUUUCGCAAAAUCAAACCAAAAAACUCCAAAGUGGAAAGAGAAGAAAAGAGGGUUUUAGGGUUUGUUUUGUUGAGAGGGGAAAGUAUUGUAUCUCUUACAGUAGAAGGACCUCCACCACCAGAAGAGGGACUUCCUAGGGUACCUGUACCUGGUGCUGCACCUGGACCAGGAAUUGGAAGAGCUGCAGGUAGAGGCAUGCCUCCAGGCAUGGCGGGAGUCCCUGUCGGGCUCCAAGGCCCCGUCAGAGGUGUAGGGGGGCCCUCACAACAGGUGAUGACCCCUGGGGGCAGGGGGCAAGUGUCUGCCCCACCCCAGAUGAACCAGGGCCCCCCAAGGAUGGGCGGACCGCCGCCUGGCAUGAUGGGCCCCCCACCUGGCAUGAUGGGGAUGCCUCCCCAGAUGGGAAUGGGGCGCGGGGGGCCGCCGCCCAUGGGUAUGAGGGGGCCUCCACCUGGCAUGAUGAGGGGUGGACCACCUGGACCUCCAAGACCAUACUAA